AUAAAUCCAGGGAGCAGCAGCAGCAGCAGGAACAAAGGAAGGAGGGAGCCGAGCAGCUCGCUAGCUCCGCUUCACCGUCAUUUCACUUUUUCUCUUCCCCUCCGAACCGGACAGCUUCUUCUACUCGAUCUCCAUCUUUGUUUUUAACACUUUCCAGACAGAGUUUGUGGGUUUUUGGAGCGCCCGGUUUUUCCCGGGGAGGUUUUUCUGUUUCUCCUGGAUGCUUUGGUCGGAAGGCUAGUUCACCUAUGGAUUGUGUUCCCCUUGGGCUGUAGAGCUGGAGUGCUUAGCAGCAUCUUUCUGCACUGGUAUCGCAGCAUCCCUGUGCGCCCAUGAGGUAACGUCCGGACCUACUGGCCCCUCAUCGCCACCCUUUGUCCAUCCUUCUUCCCUCCCCUCUUCCCUCUCCUCCCUGGGAUCGCCCAAGCCAUGGGCCAGAAGAUCUCUGGCAGCAUCAAGUCAGUGGAUGUACGUGGGGAGCCCUCAUAUCGCCCAGUGCGUCGUGAACUACGGGGUCCGGAUUUCUGUCGGCCACCAAGACUAGAUUUACUUCUUGACAUGCCGCCGGCCACCCCCGAGACACAAAUUCGCCACGCCUGGAACCCCGAUGACCGAUCGCUUAACGUCUUUGUCAAGGAGGACGACAAGCUGACGUUUCACAGGCACCCUGUGGCCCAGAGCACGGACUGCAUUCGAGGGAAGGUAGGCUACACCAGGGGCCUCCAUGUUUGGAGGAUUCACUGGCCAACAAGACAAAGAGGCACUCACGCUGUAGUAGGAGUGGCUACAGCUGAGGCGCCUUUGCAUUCGGUUGGCUACACGGCCCUGGUGGGCUCGGACUCGGAGUCCUGGGGCUGGGACCUGGGCCGGAAUAGACUUUAUCACGACGGAAAGAACAGACCUGCAAACUCGUCAGCGCCUACAUACCCUACCUUCCUGGAGCCGGACGAGUCCUUCGUGCUCCCAGACUGCCUGACGGUGAUAUUGGACAUGGACGAAGGGACGCUGAGCUUUAUGGUGGAUGGACAGUAUCUGGGAGUGGCCUUCAGGGGGCUAAAGGGAAAGAGGCUGUUUCCCAUUGUCAGUGCAGUCUGGGGGCACUGUGAGGUGUCGAUCCGCUACGUCAACGGACUAGACCCGGAGCCCCUCCCCCUCAUGGAUCUGUGCAGACGGGUGGCUCGGCUCGCCCUGGGCCGGGAACGCAUCCAUCACAUCGAGGAGCUUCCACUGCCGCAGACCCUGAAAAACUACCUCCAGUACCAGUGACUGCUCCCCUUCAUACGCCCAGAUCACAGCCGGACUCCUCCCACCCUGAAACGGGGGAGUAGGGGUGCAGUUAGCGGGGGAUUGUUUACACCUUUUAGGAAGUUUUUAGUUUGACAGUUUUAAAUCGGUUUAUUGGUUCCGUUCUCUGCUUUCAGACAUUUUUUUUUAAAGGAUUUAUUGUUUAGCGUCACGCCGUCCAGUCAGAGGCCUUAGC